ACAGCAGUCUUCACUCUGGCAACAUGUGCUCUGGAAAAUGUUCCCGUUGCAUCGGCACUUCUCUGUACCCGCUGGUGCUCAUAUCCAUCAUCUGUAACAUCGUGCUGUUCUUUCCUGGCGGGGAUGUCAAGUAUGCCAAAGACGGACACAUUACUCAGGAGGUGCGAUACAUGGGGGGGCUCAUUGGAGGAGGCUUCAUGGUGUUGAUUCCAGCAAUUUACAUCAACUUGACUGCGGAAAACGGGUGCUGUGGAAUCCGCUUCGGGAUGUUCUUAUCUAUCCUAUUUGCUGCUACGGGGGUGGCCGGUGGCCUGUACAGUUUCAUUGUGGCGGGGCUCGGGGUGAAUUAUGGGCCCCUCUGCAAAGAUGGUGGCAUUUGGAUGACACCUUUUAAAAACAGUAACUCCACCUACCUGACGGACUCAAAGUUGUGGGGAGUGUGCACGGAGCCCAAGAACGUGGUGCAGUUCAACAUCGGAUUGUUCUUGACCCUGAUGGCGACCAGCGGCCUGCAGGUGUUGCUCUGUGCCAUUCAGAUGAUCAACGGCCUCUUUGGCUGCCUGUUUGGAGCCUGCAAAAAAGAGGAAUCAUAAGCUCCAGGUCCGGAUGGUGAAGAUGCAAUCAUGUCACAUCUGACAAGUUGGACUGGCGCCCCCUGCCGGAGGACUGGGAGUAGUGUUCCAGGCUGCAUCUGCAGAAAACAUUCACUUUGAAAUAGCUGUCGUCUCCGAUAACGGAUUCAACUCAAAUGUGCAUCUCACGAUGCUUCACGCUGUGUUGUGAACAGAGCACAGUAUUAGGAAUAAUUCAUGCUAAGUACAUGGUCCAGUUUGAAUGCAUUUCUGACCCACUGCUACCAUUAUGUGUCAUGUUUCAUUAUAUCUAAUGUUGAUUGUAUAACAAGAGUACAUGUUGCUAAAUAAAGUACCAACAUUUGUACCCAA